GCCCGUUCUAAAUACAGAUCGCAGGACUCACAAAUAAGCAGCGCCGAUGGACGCGGCCAUGUUUUCUGGUAGCAGAAAUCUUACCCAUUAAUAAUUCGUUUUAAUCGUCGACCACGAAGUGGAGUGUGCAGAAUGCCGAAAUGCGGUGUGAAGGCAAGGUUUCUACCAGCCACGAUUGCCUGGACGGUCCUACUCAGCACCACGACACUCUUCUUCUAUUUUCCGUGCCGCUAUUAUGUGAUUCAAUGGGGGAUAUGGGUACCCGCUCUUCAAGGAAUCGUCACAUUUUUUGUUUUGACGAACUUUACGCUAGCAACGUUCAUGGACCCAGGUGUAAUACCAAAAGCGACUGCUGCGGAAGAUAGGGAGGAUGAUUUCCAUGCUCCGUUAUACAAAAGCGUGGAGAUCAAUGGUAUCACAGUUCGCAUGAAAUGGUGUGUCACGUGCAAAUUCUACAGACCCCCACGUUGUUCUCAUUGCAGCGUGUGCAAUCAUUGUAUCGAUACAUUUGAUCAUCACUGCCCGUGGGUGAACAAUUGCAUUGGCAGAAGAAAUUAUAGAUACUUCUUUUUCUUUCUCCUGUCGCUCAGUUUUCAUAUGCUCAGUAUAUUCGGACUUUGCCUAUAUUUUGUAUUGGAGCGUAAGCAACAGUUGGGUGAAGUGGACACUAUUGUCGCACUUGUUCUCAUGGGAGUGGUUAUACUUCUGUUCAUUCCAAUCUUUGGACUGACCGGCUUCCAUGUCGUACUCGUUUCCCGUGGGCGUACCACGAACGAACAGGUAACGGGUAAAUUUAACGGAGGCUACAAUCCUUUUUCUCAUGGUUGCUUACACAAUUGCUGUUAUGCGCAAUUUGGACCACAAUACCCCAGUUUAAUUAAGCCUGAAAAGUAUUCAGGAAAGCGACGCGGCGUUUCCACAUCCGAGAUAUCGACUAUAGGCAGUGAGAACCAGGUAAAAACCUACAUGGAUAGCAGCAAUGGUGUUAGAAAUGCCAGUUCAAAUGCUUACAAUAAGUUGUCACCUGGACGAGAUGGGUCUGACACAGACAUGGAACCGACUGCGUCUCAAUCCGCGGAUUGUGAGCCGACGCCUCCAGUACAGAGACACGGUUCCAAAAGCAAUUUCUUCCUGCCACCUGUGGGGAACAGCGAGUCCCCCAGGCACCCACCGCCGUCGCAACAUCACAAUCCGAUGCACCACACCAGAGGCAGUCCACACCCAAGGCCAAGGUACGUUGUCAAUACCUAUAGGGGAAUGAACGGCUCCCGGAGUCACACGCCCGAUCCGUUAUCGCCGGAAGCGAGCGGAUCACCGGCUGCCGCUUCCCAAAGAGGUAAAAGUCAAGGGGAUGCUAGUCCAACGACGCAACGGAUCAAAGCUAUCGGAGUACCGACUCCACUUGCCAUUUCCAGCCCUAUUCGCAGAUCGAACCCAGGUACGCCGACGCAGGUUCGUCGGCCAGAUUUUAUAGGAGUGAACGACACGCCGACGUAUUACGAUGUGGAGCAGGGGAACAACACCGGUGGUACCGGUAGCGGCGUGGUGUCUGGGUACAGUCCCCAGAGGCGUUUCCUGUCCGAGAGCGAGCUCGUCCGCCAAGGUGCCGACCACUCGUACUCGAGAACGAACAACACUGUCGACAACAUCCGCGAGUUGGCCAGUUCGCCUCAGCGCGGUGUCUACAUGUGGAAGGACAACACGCCCGGCAGCUAUCCUGCGCCGAACGCGAACACGGUGAUGCAUCAGUCGCCGUCGCAGAGACCACCACCAUCUUCGUCGUACGAUUACUAUCGUUCGAACCCGACGAGCCCCACUCAACAGCUGUACGCGAACGCUCCUAGAACAGCGUACCACCCCGCAAUGAGAGGCGGUGUGCCGGUCUUCCCGCCGCAUCAGUCGCCGCAGGUGAAACGGAAGGCAACGAUGGCGACGCCGACCACCCCAACGUCGGGUGACACUCGACGUAGACCGAUGUCGUUCGUCCGUGCCCUGGAGAUGACCGACUCGAUGGAGAUGGUAUCAGCGCCUAAUGACAACAGAUCCCAACGGCCAACGACGCCCACACCGGACCGUGCCAGUGUCUACGAUAUGAACUAUGAGAUAUCCGUAUAGCCCAGCUUUAUCGUCUCCGCACCAUCUUGCGGCUGGACGGAGAUUGUACAAGAAUUACCCAAGUUGCGAGUCUCCCGUUCCGAGGAGGAGAGAACGUACGCCGCUUACGAGAUAUCCGUCUGAGUACCGACUUCGUAUCGUUCGCAUCGAAGCAGCUAAACACGUUCGACAUCGUAUAGUUCUUCCGGCUUGAAUUCACGAUUACAAUCGUAUAUCGCACCCACCGUACUUUUACCCCGGGUUCCCGGAGGAAAACUGAGGUGAAUAUCGUUCAUACAUGUUAUCAGUGAUAUGAUGUCUCAUGAACGAUGGACGAAAAUCUACAGGCAAAAGAAACAACGUCGGUAUUCGAUCAUUUUACUGUGAACUAUCAUAAAUAAAAAAAUGUGAAGUCACUUGUUUCGCACUGAACGUGAGAUCAAAGAGUUCAACAUAUAAGUCUACCAGCUACACAAGACUGUCGUGUCACGUUAUUAGUAAUAUUAUUUUUGGGUUCACUCGUUUUUUUAUUCAGAGAGUAUUUCGUCGUAUGUGUACGAGAGAUAUCGGAACGUGUUCAUUUUAUUUGGGGGGGGGGGGGGGGGGGGGGUUGAUGGAAAGAAGCAUUCGGACCGAUUGACGUUCGACGUGUAAUCGAGUCACGAAAGCGUCAACGAAAGUAAUUCCGAAAAACGCCUAGCGAGACACGUCGCGCUAGGCAGGGGAACACCAGCUGCUAGAGAUCGAUAUUUGUCUCGCUUGGCAGCGGACAACAAUUCUAUAUUUUUUAGUACGCAGUAUAAGGUCAGUUUAGAUUUUUAUACCGUGACGUCGUAACGCAAUUUCUAAGAGAAAGAAACGCAACGUCGUUUGAUUCCCAUUCGUUUAGUUUUCCUCUUCUUUAUACAUUUAAAAAAAAAGAAAACACGAAUAGACGAAUAAGAAAGAAUACAGAGAUUAUUCUUGCGUGCAUUACACACAGGCUCAAUUCUGAUCCACGACAUCAGUCUUCUUUUUUUGUUCCCCUUUAACCGCGCGAACGAAGGAAGAGCGAUACGUGUAUUUAACGAUGGAUGAAAAUUGAGCUUACCCGGGUACGCUCUCCUAUUUUCGUUGAUGCGAAAAGAAUUCGUGUCCAGUUAACAAGAAACAAAAAUGAAGAAAGAAAACGUUACUUAAUCGAUUUAAGUCAUUAUCAGGAUAGAAUAACGAAUUCUGUGUAAAAUAAUCGUGAAAUGUGUAGCAAAUUUUUAAUAUACAUAUUUAACAAUAUUUAUACGUAAAUAAUAAACAAAAAAAUAUAAGACUUUAUAAUGAUUUCAUUUGUUUGUUAUGAAUGAUGAUUUUAUCGAUGUGACCACUAAUACGACUAAUUUCUAUGAGAUAAAAGAACGAUAAGAAGAUUUAUAGAGUUAAAAGGAAGAGAACAAUGUGUGAAUGCGAAUGGGUAGUGCAUGGACGAAUGGAUGUAUACCAGGAAAAUCUUUUAGAGUAUUAGAGAAGCGUACGACAGACCAAUGUGUUUUUAAUGACGGAUCAUUCACUCUUGACACAGAUGGGGGAAAGAACAAACUGCACGAUGAACGUUGUUAACGAAACAGAAGGGGGAAUACGAUUUUGUAAUAUAUACGUUACAUCACUUCAUUGGUAUACCUGCUGCUACUGUUAAGUUUGUAAUAUACCCCGCUUAAGAAGAAGAGCUUGCAUGCCGGUUUCUGUAUUCCGUAUUUGUAUGCGAGACCAAUAUUAGCAAUAAUGCAGGCUUAAUGAAUAACUGCGAACCGUGUAUGCGUAAGGUAACCGUCGAGUAUUGCGCGCCCAGUUGCCUUACGACCAAUUGAUAAUCGAAUUAUUAUUGUUAAAAUAGCACAUAUCGUUCAGUAUAAAGGGCUUAUCGAACAUCGAAUAUUUCCGAGCUAAAGGGACAUUCCCGCGAUUUAAUAUUCAAUAUACUUAUUUGGUAAAGCAAGAGAACACAAACGACACACUGCGAUUAUUAGAAACAUUUCUUCCAACGUUGGCGCUACCAAUAAAACGCGUUACUCGUUUCCCUGUUUUGUAUUUAUUUUUUUUUUCGUUCAUCUCGGGUUUACACGUACUUUUACUCUUUACAAUCUGAGCUGUGCCAAACAGGAGGAAACAUACAUACAACUAUUUCCAUAUUCUACACUCCGAUCAUGUAGCUUUUACAUAAAAGAGCACUUUUAAACGACAUAAAAAGAACCGAGACAGAGAGUGAAACACAAUUAAAGGACUGGUAAGACCUCAAGAUGAAUCAGAUUUAGAGAACUAUGUGUAAUAUGUGGCGAAUGUUUAGUGUUUAUAAUUCGGUGUACUUGUACAUAAAAAUAUAGCUCGUUAUUAUCAUUUAAAA